GCCUGCCACUAUUAGAUUUUUGUCAGCUACCUUUUCACAAAGCUGUUCAGCUGAAAGGUUUCUUGGGAGGGCUGUGUUCCAAAAGUUACAAUAUGAUGAUGUUGGAAGAUCUUUUCCAGUCCUACGUUUCAGUAGCGCUGAUGGUGGGUCUCAUAUGCAUUCUUAUUUCCUUUUUAUCCCGCUCCAAAGACGAGACGAGGGAGCCUCCUGGACCUAAACCUCUUCCCCUGCUUGGUAACUUGCUUCAGAUGGAUCUCAAGAGAAUUGACUGCUCUCUUGUUGAUCUUUCCAAGAAAUACGGAUCGGUGUUCACAGUGUACCUUGGAUCCCAGAAAGUGGUGAUUCUAGCUGGAAACAAGACCGUGAAGGAGGCACUGGUUAACUAUGCUGUGGAGUUUGGAGAGAGAUAUAUCAGUCCGUCUAGCCAUGACUUCAGCGGUGAACAAAGGAAUGGAAUCUUGUUUGGCAACGGGGAAUCAUGGAAAGAAAUGAGGCGUUUUGCCGUGAGCAACCUGAGAGACUUUGGGAUGGGCAAAAAAGCAGCAGAGGAUAAAAUCAUUGAGGAGAUUCAGUAUCUGAUCGAUGUGUUUGAAAGACAUGAAGGUCAACCCUUCAGUAAUGCCAAGUCAAUAAAUUAUGCAGUCUCCAAUAUCAUCUCUUCAAUCGUCUUUGGCAGCAGAUUUGAAUACAGUGAUGAAGAGUUUAAACUCAUGGUAACCCGAGCAAAUGAAAACCUUCAGCUUGCAGGUUCUUCUUCAAUGCAGUUGUUCAAUAUGUUCCCGUGGAUAUUUCGGUGGGCGAGAAACAGGAUGCGUCUCAAGAGGAACGUUGCUGAAAACCGAAAUCAAAUGAAACGGCUGAUCGGACGUCUACAAGAAACCUUGAAUGUUGAGAUGUGCAGAGGAUAUGUGGACUCGUUCCUAGCACACAAACAGAAGCUAGAGGAUUUGAAGAUUACGGAUUCACACUAUAACCUUGAUAACCUGGUGUCGACUGCUGUCAGCCUCUUUGCGGCUGGUACUGAUACGACAGGAACUACACUGAGAUGGGUUCUGUUGCUCAUGGCCAAAUAUCCCCAAAUUCAAGACCAGGUCCAGGCAGAGCUGAGCAGGGUGGUUGGAGACCGUCAGGUGAGGGCAGAGGACAGGAAGAUCCUGCCCUUUGCUGACGCUGUCAUCCAUGAGACACAGAGAUUUGCUAAUAUAUUUCCCAUCGCUUUGCGUCACCAAACCAGCACAGAUGUGACAUUUCAGGGCUAUUUUAUAAGAAAGGGGACCCCCGUGUUUCCUCUAUUGACAUCGGUUUUGUGGGAUGAGAGUGAGUGGGAGAGCCCACGCACCUUUAAUCCUGCCCAUUUCUUGGACAAGGACAGGAAAUUUGUCAAGAGAGACGCUUUCAUGCCCUUCUCUGCAGGACGCAGGGCGUGUCCUGGAGAAGGUCUGGCCAAGAUGGAGCUCUUCCUCUUCUUCACUUCCCUCGUACAGCGCUUCCGUUUCACUCCUCCACCUGGAGUGAAAGAGGAGGAUCUGGAUCUGACUCCAGCUGUGGCCGUCACCCGCAUGCCUUCACCUCAUGAGCUGUGUGCCAUCAGUCGUGAGGGAAUUCAAAAUGAGUAGAUUAUUUAAUAUGUAAAUGAGAACAAUUAUUUAAAAGCUGUUAGAAAAGCCAUUUUCUUCUUUGAUUCA